AUGGGAAACAAUGACGAGGAGCACGGCUCAGCUCGUUAUGGUGUUUUUACGGGCACUGUGUCAGUCAUAAGUGACCUUGGCACUACCAUCGCUUGGGCAUGGAAGAAGGUUGAAGAGCUCCAGGCGUUCGAUGCACAGACGUGCUCGCUUCUCAUACGAUUUUUCCGCGAGAUCACUCGUCUCGAAAUUUGGUGUCAGUCCAUGGGCUACGUACUUGAUUCUUCAAGUGGAACCAUUACUCGGAAUUUGUCCAGCGACGACCAGCAUCAGUUUGACAUAGAAAACGAAAAGGACCUGUUCUUUGUUCAAAUGACUCUAUCAACUUCACAACAUCUGAUCAAGAAUAUCAUCGAACUCUUCCAACGCAUAGGACCUGUAGAUUUACAAAAAGUCCAGGAGCUUAGGAGUGAUCUUUCGCAUCGCACCGGAACAACAACAGCUGCCGCUGGACAAGAUAUCGAGAUGGGCUUCUUCAGCCAGCCUCCAACUUAUGAGUUAAUGAUGGAUGCCCUAAGAAGAAUAGGACUCGUACGCCAGCCCAAACAAGCCUCGGAAAAGGUAGUAGAGAUGUACAGGGGGACACUACAAGCAAUUGACGAGGAUGUGCGCAAACUGCAUGAACAAAACAAUGGUCUGGAACGCUUCAAAAUGAACAGACAAUUUGACAAGCUAUCCAGAAUUGUCCCUGCGGGAUUUACCCACCUUCAGGGAUCUGUCGACAAGUUGGCUACCAUCUUCGACUGUGCUGAUGACGAGAAAGACGGGGCUAUAAGGUCUGCAGCACUCAACUCGAUCCUAGAGAUGGGUGAUGGAAGCGCGCCAGGGGCGUUUGGCUGUCGAGAGAUUGAUGAAGAUGACCUUGAAGAUGUUGAAGGCUCGCCCUAUCGCGAAGUCCAAGCUCGUGGGAUACUUCUUUACAGCCAACAGACAUGUUUGAUUGAAUGGAACAGGAAUGUCAAGGCCGAUACAGAAAGAAAAAGGGAACAAGUCAAGAAUCGACUUGAUCAUCUCGUCUGUCGUCUGGAGAUCCAAAACGUGCAGGACUUCAGCCUCCUUCGACCCGUUGCUUACGUCGAACUUGUGGAUGAUAGCGACACAACGUUCGGGCUUGUGUAUAGCUUACCAAUCGAGUUUAACUUUAGCAAGCACGUUGUAGUGUCUCUCAAGGAUAUAUUCUCCAGAUCACGAGAUAAUUCUGGUUCGGUCCCAGCUCUAGGGAAACGAUACUCGCUGGCUGCGAAGCUUACCAAGAUACUGCGCCAAUUUCAGACAUCACAGUGGCUUCAUCAGAGUUUCAAUUCGGACAACGUUUUAUUUGUUGAGCAGAUAAAUGGUGAAUGCAACGUCACAGACCCUGUGAUUACGGGCUUUGACUUCGCUCGACAAGUCACGGCAGGUUCAAAUGAGCGCAAGCAGAUGGUUCUGGAGAGGGAUUUCUAUCAGCACCCUCUGCGAAGAAACAAGCGUCCCAAUGACCUAGCAAAGUAUCGCUAUCGUGCAGAAUUUGACAUCUACUCCCUAGGAAGGGUGCUACUCGAUAUUUCUCAGUGGUGCGUAGUCGGAGAUGACGACUUUUCGCGAGCAAUGGGAGAACUGGCGUCAAACAUGGGGGAUACAUAUACAGCAGCCGUCCAUUGGUGCUUGGGUUUAGACCCCAGUUCUCCGGUUCGAGAGGCACGUCUACGUGGGUUGGCAGAUGAAUCCAGUGCUUCACUGAAAUGGUCAGCUGAUCUCAUCUAUGCCUACGACAAAAACGUGCGGACCAGGCUAGCGCGACUCUGGGUUUGA